CAAAGGCCAAGAGGAUAGUUCAUAAGUUCUCGCGAAGACAACUCAAGGAAAUGGAAUCAAAGAAUAUUCAAUGUCGCAGAUGCAAUGAAAUAUUCAAGGGAAUUCAAGCAUUUAAGGAACACAGCUGCAAUUUUCUGAACGUAAAUGAUCAAGAAAAGGCGGAUGUGCCUAAAAAGUUGCACACCUGUAAAAUGUGUGGACAGAGCUAUACAUCACGUACGUGCUACAAUUCCCACAUGGACAAGCACAGCAAUAACAAACGAUACUCAUGCUCUCACUGUGGCAAGAAAUUCUUUGUCUGGAUCUCAAGAAGGACACACAUUUACAAAGUUCAUCUCAAGAGGACUUACUGCGAUUGCCCAUACUGCGGAAAGGGAUUCUACACGCAGCAUCACAUGAAGAAGCACAUUGAUGCUGAUCACUUUGAUAUCGCACCAUACCAGUGUGUUGUUUGUGGGAAAACAUUCAAGCAGUCGAGUAAUCUCAGGUGUCACGAGAAGAUUCAUGAAGGACCUAAGAGUUGUGAUAUUUGCAGAAAGGAGUUGAAAACAAUGGCAUGCCUGCGUCAACAUAUGAGGACACAUAGUAAUGAGAGGAACUAUAUCUGCCCCGUGUGUUCGAAAGGUUUCACUUGCAAUUUUUCCAUGAAAACCCACGUGAGAAAAUUGCAUCCAGACGAUGUACAUCUCCUACCACCUGAUGGCACCAUUGUUAAUCAGAAGUACUUAAGAAAAAUGCUAGAAAAUGAACACAACCAGAACAGUGAAUAAAUAUAAUUAAUAUUAUGUAAA